CAUAUAUUAGAAAAGUUGAUUGCUUUUGCGUAGAUUUCUAAGAAAAUUCUUGCGUUUAUUUUCUUGCUUUCUGUCAUUUACAUGACUAUUCGAGACGGAGUGCAAGGAAGGAGACCAGAUAGGUCAAGACAUGUUUGGCUAAGAUUUGAACCAUCCGGGAGAAUAAUGAAGAAAAGUGCAGUAACUUCCCACAAUUUGGGUUCAUUUCCAAGCCCUGGAACAUCCAAUUAUGGUGAUGGCAGUGGGGGAGUUCCAAAGGGUUGGAGCUCAGAACGAGUACCCCCAUCGGUGAAUAGUGGAAGAAGGUAUAUCGGCGGUUCUACAUUGAUGCCAUUCAAUAGCGGAAGGGCAUUGCCUUCCAAAUGGGAAGAUGCAGAGAGGUGGAUUUCUAGCCCGGUUUCAGGGUAUAGUGUUAACAAGAGCUCACUUGCUCAGCCUCAGAAACGAGCCAAGUCAAAGAGCGGUCCCCUUGGACUCCCAGGGGUUGCCUAUAAUCCCAAUUAUUCGCCUGCAAUGCCAGUGUUUGAUGGUGGGAGUGUGAGGAAUUUCAUGGGGCCAUCUUCCCCUUUCUCCACAGGAGUGAUGGUAGCAGAAGGCCUUUCUCUUCACUAUGGUGCCGGCAAUGGGGGACAGCCACAUCCUGUGCCAAACGAACAUAGUAUGGAACGCUCAAUUAGUAUACCCGGAUGGUCUGAUUUUCUAAGUGAAUCCUCAUCGCCCAACUCCCAAGAUGAGAAGCUUGGUGGCACCAAGGAUGCAGAAACCAUGGUUUCUCCAGUAGUUUCACGACGAGAUAUAGCCACUCAAAUGAGCCCUGACAGCAACACCCAUUCAUCUCCCAAAGACAGGUUUUCAUUUCCCCCUUCUCCCUUGCUGCCUACUUUGGAACAACAGACCCAUUCUGUUAAAUCGGAAGUCAGGGAUGUGCAAGUGGACAAAGGAGUCACUAUGAUAAGGUGGUCCAAGAAGCAUGGAGCAAAAACGACUAUGAGGGCUCCCCCUGAUGUUGAGGAAACGGAUAAAAAUGCUGCGGAAGCUCAAGCCUCAUCUUGGGAUAUAGCAGAGCCAUCGAAGAACAUUUUGAAGCUCAAAAGAGAGGAAGCCAAGAUCACUGCAUGGGAGAACCUGCAGAAGGCAAAAGCUGAAGCAGCAAUACAGAAACUCGAGAUGAAACUUGAGAAGAAGAGAGCAGCAUCUAUGGAUAAGAUCCUGAGUAAGCUGAGAAUGGCUGAGAUGAAAGCUGAAGAAAUGAGAAGCUCAAUAUCAGAAAGCCAGGCCAAUCAGGAUUCCAAGACUUCCCACAAGGUUGCAUCCUUCCGCAAGAAUGUCCAGAAGGGUUCCCUGGGUGGUUGUUUUACCUGCCAUGCAGUGUAAUUCCUGCACUUUCAACUGCUGAGUUAUCCAGGUGGAUGGAACUGGAAUUCAAGGUCGAAAAGUUAAAGCUUCUGUUUGCCCUACAAACUAGGUACCCAACACAAUUCUUGUACUGCUUGAAGUGGCACUAUACGCCCAGAGAGAUUCAGAUGAGAUGUAAAAUCCCUUUUGCGCAGCAGAACUUGAUCAGUUUGCAAUUUUCUCUCUUUUUAUUUUUUCGACGCUAUGAUUCACAAAGCAUACAUUAUGAGUAUGUCUCUCAUCUUGGAAAUUCAGCCAACAGCAUAAUUACAUGUCAGCCAAAUAUUUUUUUGUUUUC